AUGAAUGUAGAUUUCUUUUAUUUAUCAUUGGACAACAAGGAAGAUAAUACUAUAAAUAGUAACAACGAAGAAGUGAUCAAGGAAAUGUAUUAUGUUAAUUUGGAUGAAGUUAUUGACAAUAACUCCCUUGUAGGGGCUUUGAAAGAGUUUUAUCAGGAUUUUAAGUAUCCUGUGUAUAAGGAAAAGAAGAUACCUCAAGAUGCUGAAAUAUUAAAUAUAACACGUUCCGCAGGUGGUCGUGUCAAAAGGUUUAGUGCAUAUUAUAAUUCGGACUGCAACGGACUGUUUCCUAGGAGAGUUUUUGGAAGGGAUACAGGAACAAGUUCAAAUUAUCUUAAAAUAUGCCAAAGAAAUGAAAGAAUAAAUGGGCAGUGGAGACUGACUGAUUGUGGCAACAUACACAUACUUUCACCCUUGAUCUAUCACUGCAUAUGCUGUCCUUGGGUUACAAUGAUUAAUCCGGCAAGCGAUGAGUGUACAUGUACAAGAAUGAAUGAAUGGUAGAACAUAAGAGAGUAAAACACACCAUA